ACAGCUUCCACAUGGCAGUGUGUGUUCGUUUGCUGUAGGAUCUGUGUGUUCAGUUGUGUGUAUAUUUUUUUAACGUAGCGCGAUGGGAAAGUCGAAGAACGCAAGGUUCAGACGCGCGCCGGUUGCUUCGGAUCAACCCCCGGUAAAAGCUGUGAAACGCCCCGCUGAAGAUGAUAACGAAGAUGAGGUCGAGUCUCCGCAUGCAGAGUUACUGGAAAAGUUGCAGAGUCCGAGUGCAGACGACCGCGAGUAUGCUUGUGCGAGUAUUUCGCGUGUGGUUCAGCAGACUCAGACGAUCCCGAGCUUCCAGCAGAGAGACGCAGUAAGAAGGUUAGGCCCGCUUCUUCUGGACAGCAGCCUGGCGGUCAGAGAGGCCGCAACUGGAGCGCUUAGGAACCUGAGUGCGUGCGGAGGAGCCGAGGUGUGUGAGGACAUGGUGAGGCAGGACGUCCUGACUCCUCUCACCGCUCUGCUCAAUGAGUGCUGUGUGGGGAUGCAGGCGAGUUCCAGCCCUAUGAAGAAGGAGCAGAAACCCACAGUUGAGGACGUAGCCAAUGAAGCUGUGAAUUUGCUCUGGAAUCUCUGUGAGAGCAGCAGUACAGCAGUGGCUGUAUUUAAUAGAGCGAGACUUCUGGAUGUUUUGUUGCCGUGCAUCACCAAACAUCCACACAACGUCCAGCUCGCUUUAUCAGCAGCAAAUUGCUUGCACACAGUGACCGAGGAUAACUCCGACCUGGCAGGAAGUGUGAACAGCGCUGUUUUGGCCGCGUUAGAGAAUGUGUUGCUCUCCACACACUCCAGUUUGGAACACGUUCUCCUACGCACUCUGGCUGCAGGAACCGUGUGGAACCUGAAGAGCAGUCUCUCCUCCUCCUCCCGUCAGGCGGAGGCGCUCUCUGCCGUGGUGAAGACCCUGGCACACUGUCUCAGUCUGGAUGCUGGAUCGCUGAUCCCAGACCUGUGGCACAGAGAGUCGAGUCGCACCGGCACGACUGAUCUGGAGUCAGCCAGAAUGGAGGAGCAGCAGCAGGCUGGGGCCGGUGUGGAGGAAGACGAGGGGAUGGAUGAGGGAGAGAUGAAGAUGAACAGAGGAAAGAGGAACGGGAAAAAGAUGGAAAAAGAUUACACAGCCUUUUUGCCGAGGGACAAACCAGAGCUAAGGGAAGCCGUAGCACUUCUGACAGCACAGCAAACGUCGCUGGAGAUCAUUGUCAACAUGUGUUGCUCAGAUGAACCCUCCGAUGACGAGUGGGAGGAGAUGUCGAGCAGUGACGAGAGUGAGAUGUGCGCGGACGGUGUGGCAGACGGAAACUCCAGUCUCUUCUCUCCUCUCUGCCUUUCUGCAGAGUUACACACAACACUACUGAACCACAGCAUACCACAGCAGGUCCUGAAGAAGGCAGAGUUUCCCAGCCACGCUGCUUUGGAUAUUUGCUGCAGGGAUUCGGCAUGGAAAUGCCUCGUUAAGAAAAUGCAGCGGGUGCAGUGUCGGGCUCUGACCUGUCUCCAUAACAUGCUGGCUGUGAUGGAUCUGGAGUGUUUGGGUGGAGCUGCAGGACUGCAGGCUGUCGCUCAGCACCUCUCGUCUUUGAUCUUUAGCUCAGCAGAAGUUUUGAAGGAUGAGGAGUUCCUUGAGGCCGUAACCAGCGCCAUGCGUUCACUGCUCCAAAUAAUGGCCUCCAAAAAUCUCCCCCAGUGUAUGAGCCCUCAGCAGUUAAUGAGCAUGUGCGAAGCAGCAAUGCAGUGUGACGUGGUGAGUGUGAGGGUGAACGCUCUGGCUAUUCUGGGGAUCACAGGAAGCACACUAGCUAAAGACAAGGGAUCUGCUGAGACUCUCCAGCUGAUAGGAAAUGCGCUGCUGAGCGUAGCGUCUAAAGACGUGAACCUGGUGGCGUGCGGAGAGGCGCUGGAUGCUCUGUUUGACGUUUUUGCAGACGGCGAAGAGGCGGAGCGAGCCGCGCAAAACAUCAACCUGCUCGCCGCCCUGAGAUCCCUGCAGCCUGUGUUUACUGCCAAGAUGCGGAAAGAAGGCAGAGGAAAGUACAGCCCGGAUCAGCUCUGCGUCUUGGACAACGUCAAGGUUAACCUGCGCAGAUUCAUCGGCUACCUGGAGUCUCUGCGGAAGAAAUAGGACAUGCAGAUCAAAAUGGAUAGACUUGACUGAAAUUGAAUGUGAGGUUUUGGAGUUUAAAACUCCAGUCAGGAAUCUGUGGAACUGGCAGGCCAGUUUUUAUUUUUAUGAAUGAUUGUGGUACAGAGAACAGCAACACGUGUGCUCUAUAUUUGGGAUUUGAGAAUUUAGUGUAUUAAAUAAUACUCUAGUCCAAGAGAUAAAAUAAUGCUCAGGGUGAUCUGUAGCGGGAUCGGUAUAAUUUCACUUUUAAUUUAGACAUAUCACAUUUUUAAUAUUAUAUUUCUUACAUUUCACUGGUCACUUGGUUAGAUUGAUUAUGAUUAAAGAAUUUAAAGGAAUUUGGACAAGGAAAAAAAAAAUACAAACUCAUUUCUACUUAAAUUUUUUUUUUUAAACAGCGCUCUAUCAUUUGUUUUAUUACUAUAUAACUAUCCAACUGAAAUUUCUUUCUUAGUUUUUGUAUCAUGUCUCUGGCUUAAUAGACCCGAUCAUUUGUUGCUGUUUCAUUUUACACCCGAAUAGGGUGUAUAACCAGAAGGGAAAAAAUAUAGUUACAUAAGCCAAAUGAAUUUAUACACACUUAAGGAAAAGAAAAAUACUGUGAUGUACAUUAUAUUAAUAUAGUAUUAAUAUCAUCUUAUUAGUAUAAUAUUAAUAUUAUAUCAUGUAUAUCAAUAUAUUAAAUAUUACAUUAAAUUUCAUAUGAAAAUAGUUAUACAAGUUUUUCUUUUCCUGAAGUGUGUGUAUACAUUUUUUACUUUAUAUAUUAUUUUAUUUCUGGAUAUAUUAAGCACAAACGUGUACUGAAGUUCUGGUGCUGGUUUGUGGAUACUCCUGAUUGGAUCUUGAAGGACAAAUCCUGAUAUUCAUCUAAAAUUGUAGCUUUAAAUAUGAUGACAUGAUGAGGCAUUGAUUUUGCCUUGAAUAAAGACCUUGAUUAAUUUACAAGUCACUGAGAUCUGAGGAUAAUGUGUAAGAACUUAUGGUUUAGAAUUUUUUUUGUUCACUCUAUUAUGUAGAGUGUAAAGAGUGGAUUAUGAGUGGUUAUGUUUAAGGUUAUAAAAGUGUUUACGUUGAUUUAAAAAAAACAUAAACUGAUAGAUUUGGUGUAUGAUAUUUAUAUAUCAUUAGCAGCAUGCAUUUGAAAGUCAUUGUUUUAUUAUAGACUUUUUUUUUCCAAAACAUAUCGAAUGUCAUCAUUUCCUAACCUUCCUGUUCUGCAACAUGCUUGGUAUCCUGUGUUGCAUCUUUACUUUACUUAAAGAUCUAGAAAUCUGUCUCCCUCAAAAUCCUUUCCAUAAAUUUACAGCCUUGCUUCACACUUCAUUUAUCAUAUUUAAAAAAAAAACAAUUCUCGUGUGUUGAUUUAAUUUUCUAAAUACACACUGUGUUUCUAUGUUUACACCCCAUUCAC